AUGUCAGGUCCUCCUCCUCCGCGGAUUAACACCCAGGACGUACAAGGGCAAGAUGUCGUCUCUGAAUCAUCCGAUGAUCAUUUCUCCUCGGCAUCAGAAGGCACCCCCAAUCCCAACCGCUUGAGCGCAGAGAACCCCGGUUCUCCCAUCCCUAUCACAAGAGUUGAACGCGUUGACGACUCGGCGGCGCAUGGCGAGGUUCCUGGCACACCUGCAUAUGAAAUGCGCAUGAGGGACGCCGUACCAGACGAGAUUGAGAUCGUACCAGAAGGCAAACGUUCUAGGAGCGCAACAGCAAGUAGGAGCCGCUCUGCUUCCCACUUGUCAGCCGACAGUCGACCACAAACACCUGGGGGUUCGCCGGUUCCACGCACUGUUGUGGAACGGGUAGGCGACAAGCAACAUUACGGAGAGGUCGAAGGUACAUUGGCACACCAGCAGAGGAUGAUGGACGCAAAGCCCGAUGAGGUCAGGAAAGCUCCACCUGAGGCGAUAGAUGGUAGCGGACAAGGUCACGGAGAGUCUUCGACGGGAGGGUCGGACGUAGAGCAAGAUCCAGAGGACAGACAAGCUUGGUUUCGGUCAAUGUGGGAGGGCAAGUCGAAAGACGAACCUCCACCUCAAGAAGAGUCAUCAAACGAUGCAGAUGAUGACGACGACUUUGGAGACGACUUUGACGAGUUUGCUGAGGGUGGUGGUGAUGAUGACUUUGGUGAUUUCGACGAGGCAACUCCCACUCCAGCAGCCCUUGAAUCAGAACCUACACCCACAGCUCCCAGUAUAAGCGUCCUUGCCGGCCUUCCUCCUCUAGAUCUCAAGCUGGAUUUGUCUGCAGCAGAACUGCAAGACCUCACCACAUCAUAUCUUGAUGCCAUCUUCCCAGACUCAACACCUCCGCCCUCGUCAAUACCACCCUUGGACAUGUCCAACAGUUCACCCUUUCUUUCUGACCGAUCACUCUCCCUCUGGCAACAACUAGUACAACCGCCGCCUAUGCAGCCGCCGAACUGGACACGAAGCAAGAUUCGACGACUGUUCCUGGUAUCUCUUGGAGUACCCGUGGACCUCGACGAGAUUCUACCUCCAUCCAAACAAAAGCGUCUCGUGCUACCAAACAUCAAUCUCACAUCACCUCGAGCAUCAACGAACGCCCUUGAUCGCAUAAAACAAGGCGAUGCAAACGACUCCUCGACUUCGAUAGAUUCGAAGACAGGAGCACCCAAACGACCCAAACGGCAAGGGACUUUCAAAGGCCCGCCAGCUCCACCCGACUUCGAUGCGAAUUCAGCCAUGCUCAUCUGCAGGACCACAGAAGAGGCUGUCAAAGGCUUCACUGAUGAUGAGCUCAAAGACCACGUCUUCACCCUGGAGAUUCUCAAUAAGAAAGCAAGUACAGUGCUUGAGUACUGGUUGCAAAGAAAAGACGAUGCUCUCAAGGAGAAGGAAGCUCUAGAAGGGGUGAUCGAGAAUUUGGUGGGCUUCGUGAAAGGGAGGAGAGGGAAGUGA